AUGCCGAUAGAGAAAGAAGCUCUAGCGGUAACUUGGGCAUGUGAACGGUCAAGCAAUUACAUAAUUGGAAAACCAAUAACAAUUGAAACUGACCACAAACCACUGGUACCUUUAUUAACCAACCAUACCAUCGACAAGUUACCUCCAAGACUACAACGCUACAAGAUGAGACUAAUGAGAUUCCACAUCAAAGAUGUUCGACACGUACCUGGAAAAUUACACUACACAGCCGACACUCUGUCCAGGAAGAUACCUGAAAGCACAGUCCAACCAACCGUAGAAGAAAACGAAAUGAACGCUUACGUUUUAAAUGUAAUUGAUGCUUUGCCCGCAUCUAAUCCGAGAUUGAAGGAAAUCCAACAAGCCCAAGAUGAAGACGAGGUAUGCAAAGAAGUGAAGAAAUACUGUAUGGAUCAAUGGCCAGAAAAGGAUCAUGUCACUCCUGCCGUAAAACCUUACUGGUCAGUACAAGGAGAGCUCACCAUCGCCGACGGGUUAUUGCUCAAAGGAACAAGACUGGUCAUUCCAUCCCGCUUGCAACGCCAAACCCUCAACCAAAUACACGAAGGUCACCAAGGUAUCAGCAAAUGCAGAGAACGAGCCAAAAUAUCCGUUUGGUGGCCAGGACUCAGUGCCCAAAUUAAAGUCAUGGUCGAAAACUGUACAACAUGCAGCAAAUACAGACAGCAGCAUCCAGAACCAUUGAUGCCAACGCCACUCCCUCAAAGACCAUGGCAAUUGAUUGCAACAGACCUUUUUAUUCUAGAAAAGGUUACUUACCUACUGGUGGUAGAUUAUUAUUCUCGCUACGUCGAAGUUGUGGCAUUACCUAAAAGUACAAGUUCAUCGAAGAUCAUUCAAGCCCUGAAAACCAUUUUCGCCAGGCACGGGAUUCCUGACGAGGUACGUUCCGACAAUGGGCCUCAAUAUCAUAGUGACGAAUUCGCCCAGUUUGCAAAGGAGUGGGGAUUCAAACACAGUACCAGCAGCCCUCGUUAUCCUCAAGCGAACGGCGAAGUGGAACGAGCAGUAAAGACAGUGAAAAACAUCCUGAAGAAGGAACAAGAUCCAACAAAAGCACUACUGGCAUAUAGAUCAACACCAUUAGCAAGCGGAUACUCUCCAGCAGAACUCCUUAUGGGAAGAAAGAUAAAGUCAACAAUACCAAUAACGCUACCACAUUUACCACCACAACUGCCAAACCAGAAACUCUUCAUAGAAAAGGAAGAAGUGUAUAGAUCGAAGCAGAAAAAGAACUUUGACAAUCGCCACAAAGCUCAACCAUUAAAACCUCUACCACCAGUUUACAUCACAGACAUGGAUUGUACCGGAACAGUAAUUAGACCAUCAAAGAAACCAAGGUCAUAUCUGGUUGAUACUCCUACAACGGUAGUAAGACGAAACCGAGUACAGCUGCAAAACAUUCCCAAGGACAUUGAUAAGAAACAAGACAAACAGGAAACAACACCAUCAUUAAAUAUAAAUAGCAGACCUAACAGAAUUAAAACAUGGUCUUUGAAAGCAAGAGAAAAUCUUGGACUAGAGUAG